UUAAAACUUUCCAAUGGCGACGACUAUGUAAAAUGUUACCGAUAUUUUUAUCCUCAAUAUUAUAAGAUCCAGACUGAUUUUUUGCUAUUUAUUUAACCUUUUAUAUUAAUUAUUAUAUGCCAGUGAAAGUGGUUUAUAAUACGUUGAUUUCUAGUUUUAAGGAGGCUCGCACCUAUGUCAUCUGAGCUGGAAUGCCCAGGGUCGCCUGGGACUGGAGAAUCUGCCAUGGAAGAGGGCGGACCAGCCAGUCCCAUGGAGCAAUCCCAGAGCCAGUCAAUCAGGCCUACAUGCAUGGUGGAUGAUGCAGAUGAUGAAAUGGCAAUGGAUACUUCUGAGCCAGUGGAAAAUGUUGGGCCACAUGAUAAGAAUGGAACACUAGGCAAAGAGAUUGACAAAUAUGAUCCAGAGACUGGGUAUGAUGAACCAGAUGUGUCCAGUAACAUUGACAAUCUGCCCAGGCAGGAAGAUUCUAUCCAAUUUGAUGGUGAAUAUGUCAAGCAGCAAGCAGAAAUUGCUGAUGAUAAGAAAGCAAGUGAAAGUAGUGAUACAAAAGGGUGUGAAGAGGAGAAUGAAUGUGAUGCAGCUAGUGGUGAAAAUGUAGAAAGUGACAAUACCUCAGUUAGUACUGAUCAUGAAAAUGAUUCCUCCUUUAAUGAAUCACGUUCAUCAGGUAUUGAAGGACAGGAAAAUAUUGGUUAUUCACAUGAAAAUAAUGAUGAGAAAGCUGAAGAGAAGACUUUUUCACAUAGCCAUAGUGAAGAAGACUCAGAAUGUAUGUCUCCUAGGCACAAUGAGGAUUUAAAUGUGAUUGAUAAAACUGAAAAUAGAACUAAUUUGUCUGAGCUUAGUGAAACUGAGGAUAAUGAGAAUGAAAAAAUUGUAGGGAAUAGAAGAAAUGAAUAUGAUAAUGAUAAACUUGAUCUGACAGAGUCUGGAACUAGGUUAGAUGAAACUUAUUCCAAAAUCUCAGGGAAUUCAAUUUCAGGUGUUUUAGAAAAAAAAGAUAAAAAUCAAAGCACAGAUAAUAUUGUUAAAAAAACAGGUAACGAUUUGAUAAACAUAGAAAAUGAUGAGGUUCUCAAAGGUACAGAUCUUCAAAAUACUGUUGAUGAUUUGAUUAGCUCAGAGUCGGAUACUAAUGUUGCAGAGACAGAUAAUGAUUGGAAAAGUACACAUAAUGAUGCAGAAAACAAACUUAGUGAUGAGUGUAAAAAGGAAACUGAAAUCAAGCAAGCAGAUUCUUAUGAAGAAGAUAAAGAGGUAAAGGAAUCACUAAGUGGAAUGGAAGACGUUUCUGACGAUGAGACAGAUCUUUGUGAGGAUGAAGCAAUAACAGGGAAGUUGGAGAAAUCUAAUGUUAGUGAUGAUAAAGCUGAAAGUGGUAUGGAAGAAGUGUCAGAUGAUGAAGAAAUGUUCAGUAACAAUGAUGACUCUGACGGUGAAAUUGUAGACAUCCAGACUGAAAAACGGACUUUAUCAGGUAUACCAAACGCAAAAUCUCUAGUGAAUAGUGCUGAAACUAAUAAUUAUUCGAGUGCAAAGCUGAGAAAAAGGAAAGAAGGCGAGGAGAGUGCAGAAGAAGGGGAAGCAUCAGAGGAUGGAAUGGAGGAGGUAUCAGAUGAAGAGGAGGGUGACUUUAGUGACAUAGAGGAUAAGUCCGCUCGGAAGUCUCUCAGUCGGACUGGUGGUGUGAGUGAGGAUGGAGUCCAGUCUGGAGUGGAGGAAGUUUCGUCUGAUGAGAGUGAUGUGGAAAGUGACAGCAUCGUCAGCUCAGACGAAGAACCUCAGAAGGAAACUGAAAGUAGCAAAUCUACAGCAAAGGAUAAAUCUCGCUCGGUUGAAAUAAAGGAAAAUGGUGAAACUGUGACUAUUGAUGAUACUGGCAAAGACGAUGGUGUCAUCGUGAAAGAGAUCUUACAAAAUAUGACAAUUAAGAUUGAUAAUGUUCCAGACAUCAAAGAAGCGAAAGAGGAUACUAAAACAAAGGCUAGUGUUCAUACUAGAAAAACAAGAGACUCCAAAGAUAGAAGAGACACUACAAAAUCUAAAGCGAAGACCAGCUCAGGUCAUAAAGAUGUUCGUGAUAUAGGAGAGAGAUUGAAGUCGCAGGCCAGCUAUGGGGAAGAUGUGGAACUGGACUACGAUGACACUGUACAUGAUGACAGCAAGGAUAAGCAAGGCAGUGAAUCUGAGGGAGAAAUAGUGUCUGGUUCCUCAAGUGAUGGGGAAAUUUCAGAAGAGGAUUGUGAGGAGGGUGAAAUUCGGGAACCAGGCCAGAAAAUCUUCCUGAAACCCACCUGUCGGUUCUUUAUGCGAGGACACUGCACAUGGGGCAUUAACUGCAGGUUUAUACAUCCAGGCAUCAACGACAAAGGCAACUACCAGUUAAUAGAGCGUCCUGGCUUCAAUAACAGACCACCACCACCACCGGAGGAGAAAUUUGAGGAAGAAGAGAGGUCACCUAGUCCCGAGCCCCCACCCCCACCCCCUGAGCCUAAGGAAGAGACUGCAUGGGAGAGAGGCCUCAGGCAGGCUAAAGAGAUGCGCAAGAAGGCUCUGGAGCGUCGGGAGAUGGAGACAAACUUUGAGCAGAAGAAGCUCAACCUGAGUAUCGACGACAACCCCGAGUACGACAAGGAAAACAAGGCCGAGGUCAAGUCUCCCGUCAAGAAACAGCCCUACUAUGACAAAUAUGAGCCCCUCAGCGAUGACGAGUACUAUGACCAGACACCCAUUCGUCAGCAGCAGCGUCAGAUUAUGGAGGAAUCCUGGGGCCAGUAUGAGAACUUUGAGGUGCGCUGGAUGACCCGCGACUCCUCUCCACCCCCUCACCCCCUGGCCCCGGGACGGUUUCCUCACCCUGGGGAUCGGUACCCGCCCCCACCAUACGGUGAACUGCCACCACCCAUGGGCCACAGAAUGAGGGGAAGACCCCCCUCGCCUAGAAGAUACAGUAGAUCACCACCACCUAUGCCUGCUAGGUACAUGAGGGGCAUUCCAACGAGGGACCCACGUAUGCUUCAGCACCGUGAGAAAGUACGGGAACGUAUGAUCGCCAUGUCCCCACCACCACCCACAGACAAGAUCAGUCUGUCUCAGGACGGUCAGAUCAGGGCAGAUGAGUGGCAUGACCCCUGGAGACGGUCAAACGCUAACAAGGGUAAGUCUCCAGAGAAGAGGAGUGGAUCUGGAGGGCGAAGGCAGUCCAGGCGCUCCUACAGUUACUCAUCAUCAUAUUCCUCCAGUUCUUUCUCCUCAUCAAGGUCAAGGUCACGUUCCUCAUCCUACUCUUCAAUCUCCAGUCGAUCUUCUAGUCGCUCAACUUCAUUAAGCAGAUCUCGUUCCCCAGUGAAACGUCCCAGAGGUGGCAUGGUGCCCCGUGGGGCCAGACAUGCAGCCGCUCCAAUGCCUGGCCAGCCUGAUAGGAGACUCAGUCAGGGAGAGCCCCCUAUGAGGGGUCAACCAAUGCGUAGCCCCGAAAAGCGACCUGGGGCGGGUCCCAUCUCCCCCAACAAGGGCCUUAGGGGCCAGCAAGGCAUGCCCGGUCCCCACGGUCGGGUCCAGGGACCCAGGCGGCCUGACCCACCCUCACAACAGAUUGUUGAAGCCGGGCGCAGUCGUAGAUCAGGACCCCAGAGGCCAGGCCAGCUUCAUCAGAAUCAGAAAAAGUUUCAGAUGGAAGUAAAAACUAGAGACAGACCGCUGCCUCCAUCAGCCUUUGGUAAACAAGAUCACAAACAGCUGCCACCAUCAGCAAUCGGCAAACAGAGACCAGUGCCCCCGCCACGUGGGAGGUCAGGGAGUAGUUCUAGUGGCAGCCGGUCUGGCAGUCGCUCCUCCUCCUCCAGCGCCUCCAGUUUUAGCAGUGGCAGCAGCUACAGUCGUAGUCGUAGUGGGUCCUCCUCCUCUAGCUCAAGUAGGAGCCCUGGCAGAGACCAGACCUCCCGUGGUGGCCUGCCCGCUCGUGGGGAACCAGGCGCCCGUGGUUACAGACAGCCGGGUCCAGGGAGACCACCCAUGCCUGGCCGUGGUGCAGAGCGCCCCCGUCAACCCGCUGGUGGUUUCUUGAUGUCUCGAGGCGGUCCUGAUAGAAUGAAGAUUGGUGAGACCAGUCGUCCGGCCACCGUCCAGCAGUCGAGGUCCAACAAGGACCCUAUGAAGGCCACGGGGCAGAAGUCCAACAUCAAACUGACACUCAUCAAGCCCGGAGAACGCCCCUCAGACCGCCCCUCGGCUGGAGGGGACAUGGUUUCUAGGGAUAUCGCUGCUAGGGACAUGGUAACUAGGAAACGGCCCCCUGAGCCCCCAAUGGAGCCCCCUCCCAGCAAGAGGCCCGCAAUGGCAGCCCCACCAAAGUCAGGAGAGAGACCCAUGAAAAAGGCAGAGAAGCCUGUGCCAGUGUCACCAACAAAGGCUGCACCGCGCCCUGUCAGCCAGGUGCGCAUGCCUGCAGGGAAGGUGCCGCAGCCUGCGCCGCCUGUCCCCACGGCAACAGCGAAGAAGAAGAGCACAGUGUCGAGGCGAGAGGAACUGCUCAAGCAGCUGAAGGCAGUCGAGGAUGCAAUAGCAAAGAAGAAAAAGAAAAUGACUUGAGUGUUUUAUAUUUGUGUAAAUUGUAUGAUCGUGUCAUGCAUUUAUUGUAAGUUAUGGGUAUAAUGAUUGGAAGUACAUUGAUACCAAACAUUGAAGCUUUACAUUGAUGUGGAAAAGCUUUAUAUUGAUUUGGGAAAGCUUUACAUUGAUUUGGAAAAGCUUUACAUUGAUUUGUGAAAGCUUUACAUUGAUUUGGAAAAGCUUUACAUUGAUUUGGAAAAUUGAUGUCAAAUCAAAUUUGAAUAUUGAUGCUUUCUUUUGUUCCUGACCUGCCAAGUACUGGUAUAAUGCCAGAUUGUUACUGACAUUCCUGCACAUUACUUGGUCUAUUGUGAACAGGACAAUAAUUCUGUAGUUAACAUAUAGUUAUAGAAUAUUCAGGCAAUUGAGGUUCAGCAAUACUGGAGUGUUGUUUCAAUGUUUUACGCCUGUUUUUCAAAACGAGAAGUAUUAUAAUAUCACCCUUUGCGGCGGCAACAACAGCAGUGUCCGCCCUUUGAUUCAUAUAGUUUUCAUCCGAUCUUCACCAAACUUGGUCAGAAGUUUAUCUAGACAAUAUCUAGGUCAAGUUCGAAUAUGGGUCAUUCCGGGUCAAAAGCUAGGUCGUGGGAUCACUUAGUGCAUUUCAAGGAUUUAGCAUGGUGGCCGCUCUCUAAUUGAAGGAGUUUUCAUCCGAUCUUCACCAAACUUGGUCCGAAGUUGUAUCUAGACAAUAUCUAGGUCAAGGUCGAAUAUAGGUCAUGGUGGGUCAAAAACUAGGUCAUGGGGUCACUAAGUGCAUUUCAAGGAUUUAGCAUGGUGUCCGCGCUCUAAUUGAAGUAGUUUUCAUCAAAUCUUCACCAAACUUGGUCAGAAGUUGUAUCUAGGCAAUAUCUAGGUCAAGUUUUAAUAUGGGUCUUGCCGGGUUAAAAACUAGGUCACGGGGUCUCUUAGUGCAUUUCAAUGAUUAAGCAUGGUGUCAGCUCUCUAAUUGAAGUAGUUUUCAUCCAAUCUUCACCAAACUUGGUCACAAGUUGUAUCUUGACAAUGUCUAGAUCAAGUUCGAAUAUGGGUCAUCCCAGGGCAAAAACUAGGUCACGGGGUCACUUUGCAUUUGAAGGAUUUCGCAUGGUGUCCGCUGUCUAAUUGAAGUAGUUUUCAUCCGAUCUUCACCAAUUUGGUCAGAAGUUGUGUCUAAAUGAUAUCUAGGUCAUGUUCAAAUAUGGGUCAAGUUAUGUGUUGCUUAAUUUUAUAAAAUAUAUCAUUUUGCCUCUCAAGUUGUGCAAAAUCUUCAAACGGGCGUUUCUUAUGACAGUUUGGCACUCUUUUUUAUUGUAGUUAUUUCCUGAAAAUUACCCAAAUAAAUAAAACAAUAUGACACAAUGGUUGAAAUUUGAAUAUUAUUGGUUCUUUUCUCAUUAAGUUCAAUUAGGGCAUUCUGUUUACAAACCAUGUGCAUGUGCAAAAGUAAAAUCAUAAAAUUUGUUGAGACUGUGCUCGAAGUGAAAUUUGGCAGGUCCAACUUUAGUCAGAUUAGUUCUUUUUCUUGUGUGAUUUACUUUAAAUGUAAUAACACAUGGUUACUUUACGCUGAUUUAUGAAGAUCAAGGUCACCCAAAUGAAGGUGUUUGGGGGAUCAGUUAGUUUAUAAAUCAUUUUCAUGUAAGAUUAGUGUUAACCCUUUGCAUGCUGGGAAAUUUGUCGUCUGCUAAAAUGUCGUCUGCUGAAUUUCUAUAAUUAGAAUUUUCUUCGAUUUUUUUUUUCAAAGAAUACUAUCAGAAUAGCAAACAGUUUGGAUCCUGAUGAGACGCCACGUUCUGUGGCAUCUCAUCUGGAUCCAAACUGUUUGCAAAGGCCUUCAAAAUUCAGUUCCAGCACUGAAAGAGUUAACUGAAGCAUUUGCAUUUGUUAGAAGAGCUGUAUGUUUUAUGCUCUAAUGCGUUCGUUACCCAUAUCAUCAUGACUAUAUUAUGAUAACAGUGAUCUAUCAAAAGCCAUUAAUAUCGCAGUGUUGGCCUAUACACUGCCAUGUGUAGAAAUAAUUGAUGAAUCACGUUAUUGUCAUUGGGAAGUACAUGUUUUAUUAUAAUUUUUUAAAAGGAUUUGACCAUGGUUGCAAUUUAAAUAUUGUCCAUUGGAAGCAAGUUUGGGUUAUCAUCACACAUGCUAUAUAUCUAUAAUGACUGAUUAACCUUUUGGCUUAAGGGAUGAUUUAUUGCUACAAUCAAAGGCUGCCAUGAAUGUUUCGUGUACAAUGCGAGUCCAUAUGUACUUGGUAGAAUACAUCGUUAUACAUUUGUUUGAAAAGACAAAGUCUUUAAUUUGUAUCAUAUUUAUUUGUUUCAAUUUUAUCACAAGUGUACUGAUUGUGCUAAAUAUGUUUUUAUUUUAGGAUAUAUAUGUGUUCAACAAACCAUAUGUAACAUUUAUAAUUUGCACACUGUAUCAUGUCUGAUUUGAAAAGAAAUACAUAUGUGAAAUUGU